AUGGCAUCCCUGGAAUUCCUGGAUGAGCUGGAAAACCAGGGUACUAAAGGAGCUAAAGGAACACCAGGAAAUCCUGGUUUACAGGAGAAAAUGGAAGGACAGGAGUACCAGGAAAAGGUAGACAAGGUUUUCCAGGAAAUAAAGGUACCAAAGGAGAGAAAGGCCCAUCAGGUCCUAAAGGUGAACCAUUACCUGGCCCAAAAGGAAUGCCAGGUCAUCCUGGCCCAAAAGGAGACAUUGGCAGAAAAAGGCCUACCAGGUCCACCAGGAAUGAAUGCAUUGGGUGAUAUGGGCUCCUUGGUAAUCAAGGAAUAUCAGGCUAUGAUGGGAAAAAUGGGUCUUGCAGGAACAAAAGGAGCUAAAGGUAGUAUUGGACCAAAAGGAGACAAGGGUCUUCCUGGAAUUAAGGGACAAUAUGGUGUUAAAGGAAUGAAAGGAAUCAAGGGAGAAAAGGGUUCUGUUGGAAUGAUAGGACUGAAGGGGACAAAUGGAAUGAAAGGAAUUAAGGGAAUUAAAGGAGACAAUGGUACAAAUGGCUUAAAAGGAGACAGAGGAAAACGUGGUGAUAAUGGAAAGACUGGAUGUCAUGGACCACGUGGAGCAGAUGGACUUCCUGGAAUUAAGGGACAAUAUGGUGUUAAAGGAAUGAAAGGAAUCAAGGGAGGAAAGGGUUCUGGACUUCCUGGAAUUAAGGGACAAUAUGGUGUUAAAGGAAUGAAAGGAAUCAAGGGAGGAAAGGGUUCUGUUGGAAUGAUAGGAAUGAAUGGGACCAUUGGAAUGAAAGGAAUUAAAGGAAUAAAAGGAGACAAUGGAAUGAAAGGAAUCAAGGGAGGAAAGGGUUCUGUUGGAAUGAUAGGAAUGAAUGGGACCAUUGGAAUGAAAGGAAUUAAAGGAAUAAAAGGAGACAAUGGUACAAAUGGCCUAAAAGGAGACAGAGGAAAACGUGGUGAUAAUGGAAAGACUGGAUGUCAUGGACCACGUGGAGCAGAUGGUGAUGAUGGUAUAAAAGGAGACACUGGUGACAAAGGAACCAUAGGACUUCCAGGUCAAAAUGGAUCUCUUGGAGUACCAGGAUCAAAUGGUAGUAAUGGAAAUAUGGGAUCACCUGGAACACAAGGAUUGACAGGAUCAAAGGUUGAUAUUAGUAUAAUGGGACUUCCCUGGAAUAAGGGACAAUAUGGUGUUAAAGGAAUGAAAGGAAUCAAGGGAGGAAAGGGUUCUGUUGGAAUGAUAGGAAUGAAUGGGGCCAUUGGAAUGAAAGGAAUUAAAGGAAUUAAAGGAGACAAUGUGUCACUGAAUCUGCUUCAGCUCACAAAUUUGCAAGAUAGAAUUGGCAAUGGAGUGAGCAUAGUCCCCGGACCUGUAGGAAGUCAAGCAUUUAAGUUGUCUCAUCCAUUUACUCUUAUUGCUCAAGAUAGUUCAUGGAUUGAAUUGAGCCAAAGAAUUGGCAAUUGUGCUUUCUUCUGUCAAAUUGAUAGUAACUAUAGUGGUAAUAUUCUUCAAUGGUCUUCCUAUUCUGGUAACAUUCUCAAAGUGGAUAUUGAGAAAGAUGCACAGAACAACAAAAUUCUGAGUGGUGAUACUGGGCUCCUUGGUAAUCAAGGAAUAUCAGGCUAUGAUGGGAAAAAUGGUAGCACAGGACCCAAAGGUCUUGCAGGAACAAAAGGAGCUAAAGGUAGUAUUGGACCAAAAGGAGACAAGGGUCUUCCUGGAAUUAAGGGACAAUAUGGUGUUAAAGGAAUGAAAGGAAUCAAGGGAGAAAAGGGUUCUGUUGGAAUGAUAGGACUGAAGGGGACAAAUGGAAUGAAAGGAAUUAAGGGAAUUAAAGGAGACAAUGGUACAAAUGGCUUAAAAGGAGACAGAGGAAAACGUGGUGAUAAUGGAAAGACUGGAUGUCAUGGACCACGUGGAGCAGAUGGAGUACCAGGAUCAAAUGGUAGUAAUGGAAAUAUGGGAUCACCUGGAACACAAGGAUUGACAGGAUCAAAGGUUGAUAUUAGUAUAAUGAAUGAAAGGAAUCAAGGGAGGAAGGGUUCUGUUGGAAUGAUAGGAAUGAAUGGGACCAUUGGAAUGAAAGGAAUUAAAGGAAUAAAAGGAGACAAUGGUACAAAUGGCCUAAAAGGAGACAGAGGAAAACGUGGUGAUAAUGGAAAGACUGGAUGUCAUGGACCACGUGGAGCAGAUGGACUUCCUGGAAUUAAGGGACAAUAUGGUGUUAAAGGAAUGAAAGGAAUCAAGGGAGGAAAGGGUUCUGUUGGAAUGAUAGGAAUGAAUGGGACCAUUGGAAUGAAAGGAAUUAAAGGAAUAAAAGGAGACAAUGGUACAAAUGGCCUAAAAGGAGACAGAGGAAAACAUGGUGAUAAUGGAAAGACUGGACGUCAUGGACCACGUGGAGCAGAUGGACUUCCUGGAAUUAAGGGACAAUAUGGUGUUAAAGGAAUGAAAGGAAUCAAGGGAGGAAAGGGUUCUGUUGGAAUGAUAGGAAUGAAUGGGACCAUUGGAAUGAAAGGAAUUAAAGGAAUAAAAGGAGACAAUGGGUACAAGAGGACAUAUGGGACCAUCAGGAAUGAAAGGAAUCAAGGGAGGAAAGGUUCUGUUGGAAUGAUAGGAAUGAAUGGGACCAUUGGAAUGAAAGGAAUUAAAGGAAUAAAAGGAGACAAUGGUACAAAUGGCCUAAAAGGAGACAGAGGAAAACAUGGUGAUAAUGGAAAGACUGGAUGUCAUGGACCACGUGGAGCAGAUGGACUUCCUGGAAUUAAGGGACAAUAUGGUGUUAAAGGAAUGAAAGGAAUCAGGGAGGAAAGGGUUCUGUUGGAAUGA